AUGAGGACGUCCGUUCUUUUCGCGCUCAGCGGCUGCGCUGCCACUGCCCUAGCGCAAGUUCAUCUACCGUUCUCACAUCGAUCUCAGCCGAAGGCCAGUAGCAAUGUCGGAACCAGGGACGAGGCGGACCGUCGAUCAGUUUCUGCGAUGGAUGUUUACGUGACGGAUUGGAAUUAUUUGGUCAACGCCACUGUCGGUUCACCGCCACAAGAUCUUUCCUUGAGAGUCUCCGUGCAGGCUGAGUACACCUGGGUCCCAAACGCCAAAUAUUGCGACUACUACAACUACAGCGACUAUUACGAUUCUUCCUCCACCAGGAGUGCCUAUUACCUCGAUUCAUAUUCGUGCAAAUACGGUGCUUUCCAGAGCAACGAGUCAUCCACCUACGUCAACCCCGGCACCGAGGACUUCAGCACCAGGUACUCGGUCGGCCGAGCUCAGGGAGAAUGGAUCAGCGACACAUUAGGCGUGGCCGGCAGCCAGAUAUCUAAGAUGAUCAUGGGCUACGUUCAAUCGGCAGAUGUAUUGAUCGGUGUCCUGGGACUGGGCUUCAACACCACCGGCGGUGCGCAAUCCACCGCCAGCCCGAGCAGUACCUCCAAUUAUCCUACCGUUCCUGAACGCUUGUUACAAGAUGGUCUGAUUAGCUCCCCUGCGUAUAGUCUCUGGCUCAACGAUGCAUCUGCCGAGGCUGGGAAUCUUUUGCUGGGCGCAAUCGAUACAUCAAAGUUUGAAGGCCCUCUGAUCCGUUUCUCAGUGCGCACAACGGGGACAUGGUCGACAAGCAGGCGAUUUGACACCUUUAUCACGUCCUUCAAUGGAAGCAAGUCGGAUACAGGUGACCUACAGCCUCUCGGAGGAUCUUUGCGCCAACAAACCGACGCAUAUGACACCUCGAAUCUGGUCCUUCUCUCGCCAGAUGCUGCUUUAUCAGUGCUACCCGACGACAUAGCCUUGGAUCUCUGGGCUCUCGCUGGGGCUUCAUGGAACGAUGACCUUGGCUACGCGAUCAUUCCCUGCACCGCGAACACCACCAUGGGUCGCUUGGCCGUACAGCUCUACGGGCCGGAGGGACCUGUGUUGAAUGUAGCUCUUGCCGACCUCGUGGUGUCUCAAGAUGCUUGGUCCCAUUCGGAGUGGUCUUGGGAGACUGAGUCGGCCUCCGAGUACUGCUUGUUCGGAGUGCAGUCGGAGAAUUCCACCUCGACAUACACGUCUCCUUCCUAUCCUUACUCCUUGGGCAAUGCAUUCCUUAAAAAUUCCUACAUGGUAUUUGACCUGAUCAAUGAAGAGAUUGGCAUUGCAAAGACGAAGUUUGGCAGCACGCAGACGGAAGACCUCAUUCCGUUCUCAAGCUACGGAGCCGAGAUCCCCGCGUCGACGAGCGUCAUGCCGAACUGGUGCUCAUCUACCUCGUCUCAAUGUCGAACAGGUGAUUCGGGCUCGGGCUCCGGAGACGGAUCCUAUGGCGGUGGUACAACCUACCUGGGCGAUGGCUAUUACCCCGGACACCUUCCACUGGAGGCAAACCUGGCCAUCGGCCUCAGUGUCGGUGUCUUCUGCACUAUGGUCAUGGGUUUGUCUAUCUGGGCCAUCAGGCGAGGCCGCCGCAUCAGGAAGGCGCAGAAAGAGCUGGCUGAGAAGCAAGUUGAUUUGGAACCCGGCGGGGAGACACGGGUCGGGGCUGCCGAUGGAAACGCGAGCAACUUGGCUCAAGAAGCCUCGCAUCCUCAACAUCCGCCAGUCGCAGUGACUCGAGAUCCUUCUGUAACAGAUGCAGCUGCAGAGCAACGUGCUACUGGAACUGUGGGAACUGCCAAGUGA